AAAUAUCAAACAAAAGUGUAUUUAAAAAGUUAUCCUGGGUUUGUCUGUCUUUGGUGGUAUUCACUCAUGCCUUAAAAACUAUCCACAGAAAUUGGGAUUGGGAGCCUGAAUAUACGUUGUUUAUGUCAGCCUUGAAGGUAAAUAAAAAUAAUGCCAAAUUAUGGAAUAAUGUGGGUCAUGCUCUAGAAAAUGAAAAGAACUUUGAGAGAGCUUUGAAAUACUUUCUACAGGCUACCCAUGUUCAGCCAGGGGAAUGCCUAAGAUAUAUAUGCUUGGCUCCUAUGUGUCCUGGGAGUUGCAGGCAGGGACCUAUUCCACAGUUGCAAAAUCAUCGGUGUCACAGAUGAUAUUGGUGCCCACAUGAAUGUAGGAAGAACUUAUAAAAAUUUAAAUAGAACCAAAGAAGCUGAAGACUCUUAUAUGACGGCCAAGUCACUGAUGCCUCAAAUUAUUCCUGGUAAAAAAUAUGCAGCCAGAAUUGCCCCUAACCAUCUAAACAUCUAUAUUAAUCUGGCCAACCUGAUCCGAGCAGAUGAGUCCCGGCUAGAAAAAGCUGAUCAGCUGUAUCAGCAAGCGAUAAGCAUGAGGCCCGACUUCAAACAGGCUUACAUUAGCAGAGGAGAAUUGCUUUUAAAAAUGAAUAAACCUUUCAAAGCAAAAGAAGCAUAUCUUAAAGCACUAGAGUUGGACAGAAAUAAUGCAGAUCUUUGUUACAACUUGGCGAUUGUUCAAAUUGAACUUAAAGAACCAAAUGAAGCUCUUAAAAACUUUAAUCGUGCUUUAGAACUAAAUCCAAAACAUAAGCUAGCAUUAUUCAAUUCUGGUAUAUUUAUGCAAGAAUCAGGUGAGGUUAAGCUCAGACCUGAAGCUAGAAAACGACUUUUAAGUUAUAUAAAUGAAGAGCCACAAUAUGCUAAUGGUUAUUUCAAUCUGGGAAUGCUUGCCAUGGAUGACAAAAAGGACUCUGAAGCAGAGAUGUGGAUGAAGAAAGCCAUAAAAUUACAACCUGACUUCAGAAGUGCUUUGUUUAAUCUGGCUCUGCUGUAUUCUCAGACUGCAAAGGAAUUACUGGCUUUGCCAGUUUUAGAAGAGUUACUCAAAUACUAUCCUGAUCAUAUCAAGGGUCUCAUUUUAAAGGGAGACAUUGGGGCAGACGGUUCCCUCAAGGGUUCAGCCCGCUUUUGGGCCAUAGGCACAGGGAACAUCCAGGGCAGCCCCCGGAGCAGGCGUCUGAGCUCGGACGAGGCCAUUUUGCAGCCUCCCCUUCCUCCGUCCCAGGUGGUGGGGGCCGUGACUGCCUCGAGGCUGCUCCCUGGAAGCCAUUAUCCCCUCAGCCUGUAG